CUCAUUCCUCCUGUGACAGGCAAACGGUCUGAACGGGCCGACCAAUUUGGUCCUAGCCGCACACCGUAGUUGGGGUGCCACCGCGCUGCUGUUGUCGUAGAGAGGUUGGCCCUCCGCUGAAAACAAACUAACUCCAGCAGGAAUCGCACCAUAAAUAGUGAGGCAUCAUGGGCAACACAAGUGACAGGGUGUCCGCAGAUCGCCAUGGAGCCAAGGCCCACCGCUCAGACAGCAGCGGUCACAAAGACCAUGAACCCAGCAGCAAGAUGGUGGACAGCACAGACGACCCCAACAUCUUCAACACCCAUGGGCCAGAGUCCAAGGAGCAGAAGGAGUCAGAUCUGGGUGACCAGGUGAAAACUGGUCCUCAGGCUCGACCCACGGUCAUCCGCUGGGCUGGAGGGGGAAAAGAGGUUUACAUCGCUGGUUCCUUUAAUAACUGGAGCACAAAGAUACCUCUCAAUAAGAGCCAUAAUGACUUCGUAGCGAUCCUGGACCUGCCAGAAGGAGAGCACCAGUACAAGUUUUUUGUAGACGGACAGUGGGUCCAUGAUGCCACAGAGCCGGUUGUAACCAGCCAACUCGGCACCAUAAACAACCUGAUCCAGGUGAAGAAGUCAGACUUUGAGGUGUUUGACGCUCUUCAUGUUGACUCUCUGGAGUGCUCCGACACAUCAGACCUGUCCAGCUCCCCUCCAGGUCCAUACGGGCAGGAGCAGUACAUCUUCAGACCUGAGGAGCACUUCAAAGCCCCACCUAUACUCCCUCCUCACCUCCUUCAAGUCAUUCUCAACAAGGACACCAAUAUUUCUUGUGACCCUGCCCUGCUGCCUGAGCCCAACCACGUCAUGCUGAACCACCUUUACGCUCUGUCGAUAAAGGAUGGAGUCAUGGUGCUGAGUGCGACUCACAGAUACAAGAAGAAAUACGUCACCUCUCUGCUUUACAAGCCUAUCUAAACCUCAACUCGGGUGCUCCUCAGUGCUUUUAGAGAGCAGCAUGUUUGUAUUCUGCUGUUGUUUUCUUUCUGUAUCAUCACGUUUAGCCAAAUGAACUUGCACUGAAACAAGUUUACAGGCGAGCUGAAGGCCAGUGGCUGUGACUGUGGCUUGGUUUUUAAGAGGUUGCACUUCUGUCUACAUAGGGCUCUGAACAAAAGUAGCGAAGUGUGUGUGUGUGUGUGUGUGUGUGUGUGUGUGUGUGUGUGUGUGUGUGUGUGUGUGUGUGUGUGUGUAGGGUGUCAGAGAGAGAU